GCCAAGAAACCCACAAGAACAAACUAUAAAGUUGCACAGUAAGAAGACGGCUGCUUGUGUUUCUCUGGCAUUGGAGAAUAUUUUACUAUGGUGACAGAAAAGCAAAAAGAAACAUCAGCUCAUCUGUUCUUCGACAAAUUGAAAAAAGACAAUUCGAGUCAUUUUCUCCCUAAGUUACCAAGUCAUGGAAAAAAGUUGCAAACUGGAACAGACUUCGUUACAAACCCUGGAUCUGUGCUAAAAGGUAUAACUGCUGAGGUCAACAAUCAGAAGCCGAUGGCAACUUCUAGAUUUCCUCCAGUGUCGACUAAUAAUUUAUAUAAAUCAAAACAAACCAAAGUAUCAUUCUUGGAUACCAAGAAUAUAACAACACCGCGAAGACGUCAUUCUGUCUCAGGGGGCAAUCUAAAUCUUCCACCUAAACCGUCAAUUUUAAAGAAAAGAAAUUCUGUAUCCAACGUAUCUACUGAUCAGAGCACCCAGUUUGAUAGCUCAGCUCUAUGGGACUUUCCUUGGGAGAGAGAAGUAUACUUUCCACCAAUAGCCAACAAUGGUAUGCUGCUCUAUUUUGAUGAAGAAGGCUCUCUACUACCAAUGCUCCAUAAGCUCAAAAAACCUGAUAGCUACACCUACAGCCAGGAGUUUAAGGAAGCACUUUUUGAUCUUAGGAACAGGCCUAGGUCCUGAUGUCUUAAUUCUAGCUGAGAAUGGAUAGCAUGCCCAUGUGUAAAGAAAAGGACAAUUAACAUUCUAAGUUAGACUACAUGUUGUUGCAAACAAGGCUACCAACGUUGGCAUGAAACCAAUGAGAACGGAAUUCUCCUAUAGUAAUUCUGGAACCUUGAGCGCUAAUGCAGAAGACUUUGUAUGAACUUGUCCUUAAAUUGUGAAAAAUUAGGUCAUUGAAAAUUAAAAAGUAACAAAGUAUACUGAUAAAGUGAGUGAUACCAUCAAAAUAUGAGAAAAAAAAAUCCUUAAAAUGAAAGGCUAAUAGUCUUGGACAAAUCUUCCUAUGGGCCAUUCCUGCUCCUGUCUUUAUAUCAGAAUGGGAAUUUAUAGGCCAGUUAAGCCUUUCAAGACCAAUGGCACAUCAAGAUUUUCCCAAUAGCCAAGGAAUUACCGAACUCUGGUCUCGAAAGAGGUUAAUGGUAAAUGUUUUCUAAACCAUCACUUAAUAGACUAAUAGCAAAUUAUUAGAAUCUAUAUGAAAUGUAU